CUUGAGAUCUUUGCCUUCCGAUCGACAUUCCCUUAGCCAAUUCACAUCCGCCCCACUAUCAUUUGAGACCUACCUAUAAAAGGGUUCUGCGUCGCAGGGCAGACAUCAAACUCACCCAAACCUCCCAAGCAAGCACAACCAACAUGGCCUUCAAGCUCAUCACCUCCCUCCUGCUGGUCGCCGCUCCCUUGAGCCUGGCUCAGUACGGAGGAUACCAGGCCGCCCCCGCCCUGGCCUAUGAAGAGCAGUACGCCCCUGCUGAGUACGCCUUCGAGUACGCCGUGCACGACGACCACACCAAGGACAUCCACUCGCACAAGGAGUCCCGCAAGGGUGACCUGACCCAGGGCGAGUACAGCCUGGUCGAGCCCGACGGCACCAUCCGCACCGUCAAGUACCACGUGGACGGCAAGAGCGGCUUCAUCGCCGAGGUCAUCCGCUCCGGACACGCCGUCCACGCCGCGCCCGCCGUCGUCGCCAAGCCCGUCUACGUCGCCAAGCCUGUCGUGGCCGCCUACAAGCCCAUCGUGGCCGCCUACAAACCUGUCGUGGCCGCCCCUGUCUACGCUGCCGCCCCCGCCACCAGCUACGUCCAGAGCAACGGCUACAACAACCAGUACAGCAACCAGUACAGCAACCAGUACAACAGCCGCCGCUACUAAAAGUUUCUCACCACUGAGGAAUUCUCAAUCUUUGUGAUACAGCAUUGCAUACUCUGCACUCAUCUUUGUUGACCAUCUUACAUCAUCACCACAAUUUUAUGUACAAAAAAUGCUUUAUUACAGAUCAAAAUAAACUUUUUAUAUGAAAAAGAAA